AUGUCAGCAACCACCAAAUUCUCUGCUCUUCAUUGUCUCCUCUUCUUGUUCUUCCUCAUUUCCAACACUUCUCCAAUUCAUUCCAGCCUCCUUUUGAACACAUUCUGCCACGAAUCUUUCGAAAAUUUCUCGGAAACCAGUUCGUACCGAUCCAAUAUCGAAACCCUUCUCUCAAAUCUUCGAGUCGUAUCAUCUCUUGAAGGCUAUUACAAUGCCACGUCCGGUUCCAACACAAAUGCAGUUCAUGGGAUGUUCCUUUGCCGCGGAGAUAUUACCCCAAAUUCAUGCCAAGAUUGUGUAAACUCCGCUUCAAACGCGUUGCUGAGAAGUUGUAGUAACCACAAAUCGGCAAUAGUGUUCUACGAGGAAUGCGUGGUUCGGUACUCAGACAGUUCGAUCUUCGUUUUCGAUGAUGAAAAACCCUAUACCUAUUGGCAUUCUAAUAUAGUUAUUGCUCCAUUUCCUGAUAGUUUCCGUUCGAAAUUGUUUCAUGAAAUGGACCAUCUUAUUCCUAAUGCUUCAUCGUCAAGGCAUUUCGAGCAAAUUAGACAGGUCAAAGUCGAGGUCGAAUACUCGUAUAAGUUGAAGUCUUUGGUGCAAUGUAACCCUAAUAUAGGUGACGAAGAGUGCAACAAGUGUCUGAGAUUAGGGUUAGAGAAAAUAUUACAGUGUUGUGCUUCUUAUGAGAGCGCGACAAUCUUCGCUCAAGAUUGCAUAUUGAAGUUUGAAACGUUCCUUUAUCCGGGUCAUCCUAUGCCGAGAUCGCGCUCUCUGAGGUCGGACAAUGAUGAUUCAAAACGUCUAUUCUUCUUUAGGGUUCCGGGGAAGCUGGUUGUAUUGGUUAUAUUUGGUCUGUUAAUGGCUGCGGGAGUGGCAAUAGUCGUCCUACUUUCACUGUUGGGUCUUUGCAUCAGUGUAUGUACUUGCUGCUUGUCAAUUUGCUUCAAGAAGAAAGAAGAAGCAUCACCAGAAGCCAUGGCCAAUAUUGAUACUGAUCACUCUUCUGAUCCAAAGUUGUCAGUUUGACUUCAUCAAAUCCGAUUCGAUUUCAGAUGAGAUCCUUUGCACUUAUUGGCUGUGUUUAUGUUUGAUGUUUAAUCUUUUAAAAAAAAUCA